AUGGUGAACUGGGUGACUCCUCUUUGGCAAUACUCUGCCCAGGGGGAUAUCAUUGCCAUCCAGAUGUUGUUCUCUAGUGGCAGGGCCUCGCCGGUGGAUGUCAAUGCUUAUGGCCAGUCAGCUCUUCAUUACGCUGCCGACACAGCUUGUAUCGAGCUCUGUCGUUUCCUAGUGCGAUGCAAUGCGGAUAUGUACCUGAGAGACGAGAACGGAAGGAGACCUAUAGAUUAUGCCUGGGACGGAAUCCUUUCGAACAAGAUCGGCGAUCAAGCAUCGUCCGAACUGUCGACCAUUUUCUCAGACGGCGAAUACCUGGAGACACGACAAUUCACCAGCGUCCACAAGACCCUCCUGGGCCUGCAUUCCAGCUCACUGGAGGACCAACUAGCCCUCUCUAACGCGCAGAUCGACGCCGCAGACGCAAGCGGCCGGACCUGUCUCUGCUGGGCAGCCGCGCGGGGCGACGCGGCCGCGGUGCGCACGCUGCUCGACCACGGCGCGAACCAGGCCAUCCCGGACAUGGAGGGCUGCAUCCCGCUGUUCCACGCCGUCCGGUCGCACGUCCGCGAGUGCGUGGAGCUCCUCGUGCGCAAGACGCCCGACCCCAGCGCCGUCAACGCGUACGGCGGCACGGCGCUGCACGCCUCGUACAUGGGGGGCGUCGACGACCCGGGGCUGGUCAGGGUCCUGCUGGAGCAGGGCCGCUUCGACGUCAACCUGAUCGAAUUCGACGGCGACACGGCGCUGAACUCUGCGGCGAGGGCCGGUCUCGAGGGCAUCGCGCGUCUUCUGCUGGAUUCGGGGGCGGAUCCUGCGAUCGCUAACGCCGCUGGGGACACGACGUUGCAUAUGGCGGUGUAUUGGAGGAGCCUCGGGGUGCUAGGUGCGCUUGUCGAGCAUGGUGCUGACUUCAACUUUUAUUGA